GAACAUCCCCAAAAUACGUCGUCUUCUCCCCCCGCUCCCCGUCCCCCUUACCAGCACCCGCUUCCCAACGGCUCGCAGUUCCUCUUCAUGGCGAUUCAUAGUCCAACUAAGGAGUUUCUGAAGGGGCCGGAAAGGCAACAUCAGCCUCCCCCCACCUCCUUGCCGGAGACGCCCCUGAUGUUACACUUCCGGUCCUCGCCUCAGUCUGAGGAGAACGCCGGCUCACCGCCUUCAUUUGUCAGUGUGACGCCAUCCACGCCUGCGACCUAUCGUAGAAGUCCGGGCGUGAAUACGUCACUAGGUGGGCAUUGAAGAGUUCUACGCCAUCUUUCUUGUGGGCGAAAACUCGCACAAGCGACUUUACGCCACCGCCUUUAACAGACAUACAGAAUCUUUGGAACUGAAGUUUUUUUAAAGGUUGUUGGAAACUGUAUGUCUCAACAGACCGCGGUUCCUAGGAUUCUUUGUGGGACGCCACGACUAUUAAAAGUGGAAUGAGACGGCUUUUUAAAAAAAUAGUUUUUAUUGAUUUUUACAUUUUUAUCUUCAUCACAAUAGCAUCAUCUCAAAUAUAAACACAAACCCAAAUAGCCCCCUCCCCCCUACGACUUCCCUCAACUUCCUCUUCUGGUUUGUUGCAUAAUAAUUUCCCCUGCUUUUUGGUUAUAUCUUAAUAUUGUAUUCUCUAAAUUAGAUCCUUUCUUUAUUCUGUUUGGUAAGUCUUUAGUCAAAUCCCGCUAGUGAGCUCAUUUCUUUACAGUAUUUCUGUAAAUAGGUGGUAAUUGGUUCCCACUCCUUUUUGAAGUCUCUGUUAUCCUUAGCUCUUAAUCUCUCAGUUAAUUUUGCCUUUUUGGUGUGCUGUAGUCCAUAAGUUUGUCUUGCCGUUCUUUAGCUGGCAUCUUGUCGCUUUCCCACUUUUGGACUAGCAGUAUCCUAGCCACUGUGGAAUGAGAGUGUUUUCAAUGUAUGGCGUGAAUGUGAUCCUUUUAGGGCCCACUAACACCUGGAGGGCAAAGCAGUUACCAGGUGCAAAACUGAGAACUGCAGCCAGGAAGUGCUGGUGGAAGAUGAGAACUUGUCACUGUUGAUUGCAAGAUAAUUAAAAGCAACAAAAAGUUACAUGGCACAUCUAACUACCUUUUUUAAUUAUGUAGGAUUUGUGGCAUGUAAAUGUUAAUGAUAAACAGUGCAUUUUUUUUUUAAAUAGAAAAAGGGUGCCACUGCGUAUUCUUGAGUACCCCCAGAAAAAAUCAAGCUGCGCCGUACAGCCAAGGCACUGUGGAACUUGCCGAGGCAAGAUGUGAUGGCUAAAAAUCAAACCUUUUAAAGGGGCCUGGACAAAUCCAUGAAACGAUAAAAGACUAUCAACAUUUACUAACCCCCAUGUCUGAAAAUCCUAGAGAGACAAAACUGAGGGCUCAUUCAGAUUUCCUUUUGUGCUGUGUUUCUAGGCACUGACCCAUGCUUUAAAACUCCACAUCCAAGUGGUUUUGUUUUGUUUUCCCAGGAAAAUCUGCAUUUUACAGCAAUUGGGUCUUCCACAGAUUGCUGUUUGGUCCAAUUCAAUGGUCAAAUGCAGGUUUUCCAGGGGCAACACAAAACCACAUGGGCCCACGCCUAGAAAGCACAGGACAACUGGAAAACCGUUUUUCGUUGUUACGAAAAGGCUGGGCAGAUUCCCCCCCACCAGCCCAAAAAUUAGCAAACAAAACAAAUGAUUAUAAUUACCACCGUCUCAUACUGCAAAUCGAGUCAGGACACACACAAGACCUAAUGCUUGGGAGAUCAUGGACUUUCUAACGUGUGGGUGUGGGUGGGUGUGACAGAGAGAAAGAGAAAAGAAAGAAAGAAAGAAAGAAAGCAGGUCAACGGUCUUUGUGCAUGUGUAGCAAAGCAUAUUCACACAACCUCAGAGCACCGAGAAAGACGUGAGGAUGCUCAGAUUCUUAUCUGGCUCCCCCUAGUGGCAGUUCUAGGAACAGCAGCACCUGAAGGGUUGUUUGCUUUUGUGUUUGCUUAGCAACCGGAGGACUUGGAGAUCCAGGAGGCAGGCACGAUGGAGUGGGAUGAGGAGGAGGAGGAGAACGAGAAAGAGGCACAGGAGGUGAAGGUGAGACAGAAGCAAACAGCAACCUAGCAGAGGGCAGCUGGGGAGGCACUGGAGUAGAUGAGAGACCCAAAAGAAUGGUGUUCCAUCCUGCAGUCAUGCAGAAAGGUCCCAGAUUCAAUCUUUGGUAUCUCCAGGUGAGGUUGGGAGCAUGGGCAUAGCCAGGAUUUAUGUUAGGGUGGGGCAGAACCGAGUUAUCUGUGAUGCAGUUGGUCAGUUAGUUAUGUAUUUUUGUUUGUUUACUUGAUUGCCCCCCUGGCUACGCAAAUGGCUGGGAGUGACCCUUAUCCAGAUCCCUGGACAGCUGCUGCCAGUCAAUGUAGACAUUACUGAGCUAGAUGGACCACGGGCUGCCUAGGUGUAAGGCAGCCUCCCAGGUUGCAGGGCUUCAUUCAUUUUGUGGUUGUUCUUUCUCCUACAGGAAGUGAAGAUGUCAACAGUCUACCUGGAGUUCUUCCCUACUGCAGUCACUGAAGAGAAGCUUGAGGAAGCCCGGCAGAGAAAGAUCAGUCGCAUUUUUGGGGCUGCUAAGACCUUGCAACAUGUUAAGAACCCCAACAAAGUGGGGACUUUUGAAGGGAUCCUGCAGAACAAAAUAGAUGAGCAGUGAGUGCUGUCGCCCAUCCUCCGUAAUAGCACGUGGUGUUCUCACGUUUAAACUAAAACACGUUUUACCCAAGCAGAUAGAAGCCUCUCCUUUAUACGUGGUUCAGUUUGGGCACAACACCAAAUUAUAGUUUGCAGUCAGCAGGCAAACUAGAAUCAGAAACAAUUGUUUGCAGUUGGUUUCUAAACCAUGGUUUAUGUUGACUAUGGAUUGGUGUGAUUUUAUUUAAUUAAUUACAUCUUUCUUCCAGGUUGUUCAAGGUAGUUUGCAUGGUUUCCUUUCACCAUUCCUCUGCUUUUGCCUUGCAAAAUCCCUGUGAAGUAGACUAGGCAGAAAGGUGGUGACUAGUCCCAGGUCACUCAGCCUUCCCAGUGCUAACUGGACAGUCUGAUUCAGCUGUCCCCAACCUGGUGCCCUCUAGAUGAUGCUGGACUCCCAUCAACUUCCCGUCAGCCAGAAGGCUGGGAAGAUGGGAGUUCAUAGUCCAAAAAUACCCAGAGGGCUAUUGUAGGAGCUGGAACCAUGUCGUUGGACUCUGCAUUCCAUCAGCCACAGCCAACAUGGCCAUUGGCCAGAGAUGAUGAGAGUUAUAUUCCAGCAACAUCUAGAGCAGGGGUAGUCAACAUUUUUAUAACUACCACCCACUAAUGCAUAUUUCUUGAUGUAAAAUUUCCUUACCACCCACCAGUGCUCGAUGGAAGGAUUCAGCUUGUGCCAUAGAACCCCCUACCGCCCACCUAGAAUCCUGAAACGCCCACUAUUGGGCAGUAGGGACCAGGUUGACAGCCCCUGAUCUAGAGGGCUAUGUGUUCCUCACCUCUGAUAUAGAUUGAGUCACAGAAAUUACUGAAUAGCUUUAUGGCUGAAGCAGACUAUAGUUCUUUUCAGGCUCUUCAAGAUGGCUUCUAGUCAAGAAGUGGGUGGUAUGUUGCUGCUGCUGUGUUGCUGCUGCUAACAACUGUGGCUUUCUCUCUUUUUUUGCGUCUACAGUUGCAAUAAAGGCGAAGAAUACUUCUCUCAGAGAGAGUGGGAAAACGCUAUCACCUGCUAUACCAAAGCCCUUAACCUGGAUCCUAACAAGGUAAUAAGGUAGAGUUGAGAAUUUUUCAGGCUCACAAGACCGUCUACUGAAUAUAAGAGCCGUGCUGGAUCGGACCAGAGGUCCAUCUGGUCCCACAUCCUCCUCCUCACAGCAUUGAAUAGGGUUCCUCUUAGAAUAUGGUUACCAGAUUUUUUUCAAUGAAUCUGAGGACACUUUUUUUUUUGAAGCUGAGUAGCAACAGGGAGUCAGUAGUGGGGAUGGUGAGGCAAAAGACCCUUGGCCCAAGAACAUGCCUAUUGUAUAAAGGUGCAAAGCCCUUCUUUUGCACCGUGAAACAUAAAUGCACAGAGUUUUUGAAAAACUGGGCAAUGGCGCACCACCCACCCAUGACUCCCAAGCCUUCCCCGAUCUCCUUCCCCCUUCCUUUUGACAGAUCAGGGGAGGCUUGGGAGUCACGGGCGGACGGCCAUUGCCCAGGAGGGGCCAGCCUGGUUGUGCAGUUGGCUCUGGCUGGCUUCAGGAGUUGCUCUCUGCUCACUGCUGUGGCGCAGGAAAAAUGGCGGGCACCACGGCAGCAAGCAGCUCCUGAAGCCAGCCAGAGCCAACUGUGCUAACAGGCUGGCUCUGGGCUGCUGAGGCUGCUGCUGCCACGUUUCCUGGGGACAGAUUUGCAAAUCUGGGGACUGUCCCCUGGAACCGAGAACGUCUGGUAAGUCCAUGAGCAGAACAUGAUCACAACAGCAGUCUCUUCACUUGUGAGUUCCAGCAGCUGCCAUUUGGAGGUCUUCUGCCUCUAAUAUACAUCCAUUGUAGCUAGUAACCAUUGGAAGCCUUCUUCUCCUUGAUAAGGCUACCCCCUCAUGUGCCAAGGGAGCCAUCCACAGUAGAUAAUUCUGGGCUAGGUGGACGUGGCCUGAAGCUCUCCACCCUUGCUGCAAAACCCAAAGCUGAAUCUGUCCCAGGUUGCCCAGACCAGGAGCAGACGUUUGUAAUCUUUCGUAAUAUUGUGCCAUGUGCAGAGCCAAAAUUUGGCACCCCCAAAUAGAUCUUCUCAAUUAUGGAUCUCUUCAGUUUUGCACCCCCUCAACCUGGCACCCUGUGCAUGGGGAACCACUUGCGCUGUCCUAAAUUUGGCCUUGCCCAGACCAAAUUGGCAUGCACCCCUACUCCCAGUUGCUGAAAAGAGAGGUUGCUCCCGAGAAGUCUCUAAGACAAGAGCUCCUAGGUAACCUUCCCUUUCUGGGAGGGAGAAGCGUCUGCCAGGUAAGAGGCUGAGCCUUGUGUUCCUUCCAGUCUGGCAUUGGGGAGGAGUUGGGAAAAGCAGGACAGAUCUGGAUGUGGCUACCCUUGGUUUGUGUGUUGCAUCUGGAAGUGUAGGGGGUUUUGACGCCCACAGACAGUCCUUUUCUGCAGGUAGAACUGUAUGAGAAGAAGGCAGAAGCUCUUCUCCAGCUCUGCGACUUCCAGUCUGCUGCAUUACACCUCCAGAAGGCCUAUAUAGUGUCAUCACAUCAGGAGGACAUCGGAUGCCGCUUUGCUUUCAUUUUUCACCUCCAGGUAAACAGAUAAAGAUCAGCAUCCCUCCACAGCUCACUCAGUGCUUCCCUGCCACAUCUCUGCGUCCCCUCCUACAAAUGUAUACCAGCAUCACAGUAUUGGUUUCCCCCACCCAGUGAGGGAAUCACAUAAUUGUGGUUUGACAAAAGGCUUGUUAGAUGACGCUGUUUCACAUGCAAAAGCAGAGCCAGAGUUGCCCAGUGAACCAGGGAAAUGUGAUUUCAAAUCCUGACUUCAGACAUGAAGCUAACUGGGUGACUUUGUGCUGGCUGGUGUUCAUCAUUUACACCUUCCUUGCCAAGUCAUUAUGAGGUUUAAAUUGUGUGUGUGUGUGUGUGUGUGUGUGUGUAUCCUGUGUUUGAUUUUGGAUAUGAAUAUAAUCGAUAGAGAAUUCACAGAGUUUUUGAUACCGUGCUUUUCAUUUCUGGGGGUGGUAAUAUUGUUUAUUUCUGGGGACUGUAAUAUUGUGUAAUACUACUUAUUUUCUGAUAUUUGCAUCCUGGCUUUCUUCCAUGCUGGAACUCAGGUUCAGUGUUGAAGCUACAUACACCACAGUAAGGUAAACUCUAAUUUAGGCUCGUCGUACACCCGGAAUUUCCCAGACAUACCCAGGAUUCUGUCUUCUGUAACAGUGCCCGGGCGUAUGGCAACCCAUGUCGGAAGUGUAGAUUUUUGUGUCCAGAUUUUCACUUUUUGGCAAGGAAGCUAGCUUUUCCGGGUCAUGUGGCCAACAUGUCUAAACCACUUUUGGUGCAUUGAGGACCGUGAUGAGUGCCAGAGCAUGCAGAAACACUGUUUACCUUCCCGCCACAGCGAUACCCAUUUAUCUACUCGCACUUAUAUGCUUUCAAAUGGCUAGGUUGGGAAACAAAAAAAUAGGACAUUUUGUAGGCCUCGCCUGCUCUUAUUCCCUAGUAUUUGAUAUUCAGAAGCCUGCAGUGAAUUCUGAUUCUGGAGGUAGCUUAUAGCCAUUGUGAUUAGUAGCGUUGAAAAGCUUUAUUCUCCUCCAUGAACCUGCCCAUUUCUCUCUUAAAGCCAUCUAAGUUGGUGGCUUUACCUUGCCGACAAAGGUCCGUAUAAUUAAAGCUUUGGUUUUCCCAGUAGUGAUGUAUGGAAGUGAGAGCUGGACCAUAAAGAAGGCUGAUUGCCAAAGAAUUGAUGCUUUUGAAUUAUGGUGCUGGAGGAGACUCUUGAGAGUCCCAUGGACUGCCAGAAGAUCAAACCUCUCCAUUCUGAAGGAAAUCAGCCCUGAGUGCUCCCUGGAAGGACAGAUCCUGAAGCUGAGGCUCCAAUACUUUGGCCACCUCAUGAGAAGAGAAGACUCCCUGGAAAAGACCCUGAUGUUGGGAAAGAUGGAGCGCACAAGGAGAAGGGGAUGACAGAGGACAAGAUGGUUGGACAGUGUUCUCGAAGCUACGAACAUGAGUUUGAGUAAACUGCGGGAGGCAGUGGAAGACAGAAGUGCCUGGUGUGCUCUGGUCCAGGGAGUCACGAAGAGUCGGAAACGACUAAACAACAAACAACAAGUUGGUGGCUGCCACCACAUCUCAUGGCUGUGAAGUUCACGGUUUUAAGUAUGUGCUGUUUGAAGAAUCAACUUUCUUUUGACUAUGCUGACUCUAUCUCACAGUUCCUGUUAAUUUCAUAGUAAAAGUCUAUGAAAAGCCAAAAAUCUCCUCAAAACAACCUUGUGAGGUAGAUUCGGUUGAAAGAUGGCUACUGGCCCAGCCUGCUUCAGGGCCUAGUGGGGAUUUGAACCUGAUUCUGCCCAUCAUAGCCCAGUGCUCUAACCACUACACCUCGCCACAUUGUGUUAUUUGUUAGGUUGUAUUUAUUUAUUGUUUUCAUUAACAUCUUUGGGCACCUAGUAGGUGGAACCAAGGGAGGGAAUAGGUUUAAGCAGAGAUGGGACUCUUAAUCUCACGGUCGUGGGUUUGCUUCCCAUGUUGGGCAAAAGAGUCGCGCAUUGCAGGGAGUUGGGCUACAUGACCUUUGUGGUCCCUUCCAACUCUAAGAUUCUGUGCUACUAUGAAAAGUUAAUGACUAUGGUGCGAUUCCUCUUCCUUUCACCCUACCAUUAGGUGGAGUGAGGCAGCCUCCUCAGGCAGCUGAUUCUGCCUGAACUGAAAGGGCAGCGGGUUGUUUUGUUAUUUAAUUUAUUAUUAAUGUAUUGUUACUGUCAAGGAUGGGGUCAGACAUCAGGGGACUUAUUUGUGGGUUUUUUUGCCUCAAGUACCAGAUUAACGUGUACGAUGUACCCACACUUGGGGGCAAGAAGCCUACCUUGUAAAAUAUGCCACCCUACUUCAGGGAACUGAAUGUCCUGGGCUGUGUCGGCUACUUAUUCCAGAAUUUUAUGAUGGUUCCGUUUUUUCGCGGGAUCUGAUUUUUUUCCGCAGGGCCUGUAAGACAGAGUUGUUCCACCUGGCCUUUGGCUUAGAAUCAAUUUUAUUCCCUCCCCCCCCCCCUUUCCCCCCUUUCUCCUCCUGUGAUGAGGCUGCAUUUUAAUCUUUUAAUUGUUUUAAUAUUGUAUUUUAAUCUUGUUUUUAAGUUGUAUUUCAAUCAACUUGUUUUUAUUAUUGGUUGUUAGCCACCCUGAGCCCAGUCUUGGUUGGGGAGAGCGGUGUAUAAAUAAAAUUUGUUGUUGUUGUUGUUGUUGUUGUUGUUGUUUUCAGGGCCAGUGUCUGUAUGAGCAGAAUGCCUAUCUGGAUGCUCUCGAAUCCUUCACUCGUGCCUCGGAACUUCAGCCUCAGAAUAAGCUUUAUCGCAUGAGGAGGUAACACUGGGUUUGCAACAGAAAAAAAGAGAUACACCUUUGGAAGCAGAAGAGUUUCAAGAACGUUGGUGGGUCUCAGUCUCAUCUGGCACAACACUGCACACUGUAUAGGACUAGCCUUCGCCAACCUGGUGCCCUCCAGAUGUUUUGGACUAUAAGUCCCAUCAGUCCCUGGAGGGCACCAGAUUGGCAAAGGCAAGUGUGCACUAAAUUUAGGGUGAUUGAACAACAAAGGCUUUUCUUUUUUCUUUUUAAAGUAUUUUAUUAGUCUGGGAUUUUAACAGAUCGUCACAGGGUGAGCCAACCUGGUGUCUUCUAGAUGUUGUGGACUCCCAACUCCCCUCAACCUAGGAGAUUGCUAUGCUAUCCCUGGUUUAUUGCAAACAAAAAACAAAGUCUUUCUUCCUCCAGAGAGGAAACAGUAAAUUAGAGUGCAAGAGCUCCCUCUUGAGAGCCACAUUUUUAUCACCUCAAGGGGACCUGUUGCCACGCCAGGGGUAAGGGAGCAUUUUUGUUACCGUAGUAACUGAGGCCUACUUUUCAGGGCCCCAUCUAGGCACGGCGCUAUUCGUGCAAUUAUUAAUUAUUUAUUAAAUUUCUAUACUGACCUUCGCCCAAGAGCACAGGGCUGUUUACAGUAUAAAAAACAAAAAAACAAAAAAAAGCAUAAUAACAAACAAAACAAUACUCCCCCUCCACAGUUUAAAAGGCCAUAGAUUGCUUAAUUAGCCAGGUUAAAGAGAGACUUUUUUGCCUGGUGCCUAAAGAUAUGAAAUGAAGGCGCCAGGUGAGGCUCCCUGGGGAAAGCGUUCCACAAAUGGGGAGCCACUGCAGCCAGAGCAGUUGGGCCAGGAUUGGCAUUAUAUGCUUAAAACAUCUUGCGCUGGGGAGUAACCUGGCCACUGAAUUCUGUACCAGCUGAAGUUUCUGAAUCAUCUCCAGGGGCAUCCCCAAAUAUAAACCAGGUGUUGCAGUAAUCUAACCAAGAGGCAAUUGUGCUUUAAAAAAAGAAAAAAGAAAACAACUGAGAUGGGCCCAGUGAUCUGGGUGGGGCUCCUGUAAGGGGUAAAGGUAAAGGUAAAGGGACCCCUGACCAUUAGGUCCAGUCGUGGCCGACUGGGGUUGAGGCGCUCAUCUCGCUUUACUGGCCAAGGGAGCCGGCGUACAGCUUCUGGGUCAUGUGGCCAGCAGGACUAAGCCGCUUCUGGCGAAGCAGAGCAGCGCACGGAAACGCCGUUUACCUUCCCGCCAGAGCGGUACCUAUUGAUCUACUUGCACUUUGACGUGCUUUCAAACUGCUAGGUUGGCAGGAGCAGGGACCGAGCAACGGGAGCUCACCCCGUCAAGGGGAUUUGAACCGCCGACCUUCUGAUCGGCAAGUCCUAGCCUCUGUGGUUUAACCCACAGUGCCACCCGCGUCCCCCUGCAAGGGGUAGUGCAGGGGAUUUUUAAAAACCAUUACCUCCCACCAUUGCAGCUCUGAUCUGGAUCUCCCCCCUCCCCCCCAUAUACAAACAGGAAAGCUCCAAUUUAUAGGUGUGGUUCCUCUAACGAGGUCCAUGCCUUCAGGGUCUGUGUCCCCACCUGCCUCCUCCUUCCAUUCUUCCUCAGCAGGCCAGGUGACCUUUGCAGAACCCUGUGAGCACACAGGUUCAGAUUCAUGGCUUUGCUCUUCUUUUCUGUUUUGCUAGCAUUGCCUGCCUUGCUGCCCUGAAAAAAUACAACGAUUGCCUUCAGAUGGUCAAUGAAGAAGUUGCUCAGGAGAGAAAGAAUCCAGAUCUCUUUGUCCUGAGGGCUCGACUCUAUCAGUGCUUUGGAAAGGUAAAGAGCUGGCCAGGUUGGUUUUCAUUUGCAAGCGAUGACCAGGUGGAGGAGCAGGUGAUGGAAGAGCUGCUGCCAGUUCUGGUUGGACCAGGGAUUCCCAAACUGAGAGCUUGGACCAGGGAUCUCCCAUCCCCCUCCCCUACCCCGGGUCUUGGCAGACUACUUACCGUAUUUUUCUCUCUAUAACACGCACAUUUUUUUCUCCUAAAAAGUAAGGGGGAAUGUCUGUGCGUGUUAUUGAGUGAACGUGUGGUCCCUGGAGCCGACUGGCCCGAGUGCAGAGGCAAAAAUCAGGAAAAAUCAGAUCACGCGGAGGAGGGAAAGCUGCAGAGAGGAAGCUGCUGCUUUCCUGCAUUCUGCCUCAGGGUCUUACUGCCCACCUACUUCUGUUUUCGGUUGCUGUGUUUGCUCAAAUGCAACAAAGAGCAGGGAAAUCCCCUGCCCUCCUGGCAAGCAGAGGGGAAAGGAAAGGAUCACGUCCUUCCUUCUAAUUCCUUCCUAGUCACACUGCACGCAGGCUCCAGCCCACCCGGCUCAGCUGACAGCCACCACCUCCUCCUCUCCGUGCUCCGGUGCUGCUGCUGCUGCGUCCAGCAUUCUAGGGACUCGCAGGCAGCCGGAAAACAUGCAGGUGGGGGGGGCUGGCUUGGGUGGGUGGGGGAAAACUUUUGCCUUCCUUUCCUCCCUCCCGUUAAAUCCCUCUCCUGCAUUGUUAGCCAGCUGCUUCUCUGCACACCCCUCUUGUGCUCCUUGUCCCUUCUGUGUUUUUCCUUCGCUUCCCACUUAAAAUGUGGUUACAAAGCACGGAUCCACAUGGAUUCUCAGGAUCUUUGCAUUGGGUCACCCCAAAUUCACUAUCAGAUCACAUUACAUGUCCAUGGCUACAGCCUGCACCAAAAAAAUCACGCACCCACUGUUGCCUGGGGCCACAAUGGUGCAAAAACGUGGUUACAAAGCACAGAUCCACACAGAUUCUCAGGAUUUUUGCAUUGGGCUACCCCAAACUCACCGUCAAACCACAUGUCUGUGGCCACAGCAUGAAGCACAAUACAUCCACUGUUUCAUUCAGAAUUUUUUUUUCUUGUUUUCCUCCUCUAAAAACUAUGUGCGUGUUAUGGUCAGGUGCGUGUUAUAGAGCGAAAAAUACGGUAACUAUUUUUCUGCCUUAUGUUUAGCAAUUAAAAUGCACUGUGCCAAAUGCAAGCAUGCCAAACGGAAUUUGAGUGUUAAUAUCAUAGGAAAUAAAAGAAGCAAGAAAAAUGCAAUCAAAAUCAAUGUGAAUCAGCUGUUCCCACACUUCUUCCCCUUUCUCUGCUUGCUUUGCUCCCAUGUAUUGACUCUGCUUCUUUCAAGUGUUCUGUCAACCUGUUGCCCUGAGCAGUUGCUGCAUCCGCUGUUCUUUUCACACCUGGCCACGCUCUUCCACUGCCUACUUGCAUGAAGCUCGUGGGCCACUAGUUGUCCACAGAGUCCACUUUGGGAACCCCUGGAUUAGAUAACAAUGGGUGAUAGAAGGGUUGGGGGUAUUCCUUCAAGCCUGAGGGCCACAUUCUUUUGUGGGGAGCCUUUUGAGGUCCAUGCAGUACUGGUGGGUGGCAAAAUUGAAUACAGUGGUACCCCUGGUUGUGAACGGGAUCCAUUCCGGAGGCCCGUUUGCAACCUGAAAGGAACGCAAUCCACGUCUGCGCAACUGUGCACACGCGGGUCCUGAUUCGCUGCUUCUGCGCAUGCGCGAAACAUCAUUUUGUGCAUCUGCGCAUGCGCGAGCGGCGAAACCUGGAAGUAACCCUUUCUGGUACUUCUGGGUUGCCGCGGGACGUAACCUGAAAAAACGUAUCAUUAAGCAAAUGCAACACGAGAUAUGACUGUAGAGCUGUAAAUACCCGUUCACUACACACACUCACCCCUGUCCCACCCUCCAUUACUCUGUAUCCUCCACCCAGGCAAGGACUUCUUAGAGUACAGGUACACUUUACAGCCAAGCAAAGAGUGUAAAGGCCUUGGGGGAGUUCUGAGGGCCAGAGAAAGAAAGGUUCCUGGGGUUCCCCACCCCUGGGCUGCAAGGACAAUUACUGACCAGGUCUGAGGCCACUUUUUAAGUCUCUGUGCCAUUUCUGCUUGCUUCUCUAUGGCUCUGUAAGUAACAGUGAAGAACAUAAGAAGAGCCAGUGGAUCAGCCCAGAGGCCUGCCUGCCUUGUUCAGAUUUCUGUUUCCCACUGCAGCCAAGCAGGACACGAAUGCAACAGUCCCUCUCCUGCUGUUGUUCCCCACUGCCACCCCUAUCCCGCUGCCAACAGCUGGUAUUUAGAGGCUCCAUGAUCUUGGAGGUGCCAUUUUAUGGCUAGUCACUGCUGACAGGCUUGUCCUCCAUAAAUUGGUCUUACGUCAUGUUUUAUAAAUUUAUUUAGAAGCUUCUAAGUUGGUGGCUGUCACCACCUCCUGUGGCUGCAAAUUCUGUAGUCUUGGCUAUGGGGUAGAUCCGCACGUAGAUUUGAAGCACAUCCCACACACAUUUAAAGCACAUGACUUCCCUCAAGGAAUCCUGGGAACUGUGGUUUGUUGAGGGUACAGGGGAUUGUUGUUCUAUGAGGGGAGGAAACUACAGUUUCCAGGAUUCUUUGGGAUAAAUGAUGUCUGUUAGCUAUGCUUUAAAUCUAUGGGUGAAACGGACUCUCUCGGAAGGUGGGUGGGACUCUCCUUCUUUGGAGAUUUUAAAGCAGAGGUUGGGUGUCCAUUUGCCAGGGCAUCUUGUCAGUUAAGAUUCCUGCAUUGUAGGGGUUUGGGCUAGAUGACCUUUGAUGUACCUUCCAACACUACAAUUCUAUGACCUCCCCACCCCCACAUGGAGUUUGACGAAGAAACCUUCUUUAUUGGAUGAGCCCAAGUUCCAGAUAGCAUGCUGCCUUCUCCAUAGGUCACCUUCUGUUUCCACAACCUCCAAGAUGCCCUUGAGUUGGACCCAGAGCACAGCGAAGCUCUGCUGAUGCUGGAGCGCUUGAGGAAAGAGGCUCAGAAGUUCAAGGAGCAGGCUGUGAGCAAGGCAGUGAAGGGAAACCUGAAGGCAGCCCUGCUGAAAAUCAACAGGGCCACUGACCACAACCCCUUGCAGGCAGACUACUUCCUCUUCAGGUACCCACCAUCUCAGCACGGUUUGAAGGCCUGGGCCUCUCAGGGUUUCCCUGCCAGAAGCCUCUUCCAUUUUGUGGCUUGAAAUUGUUAGAGGCAGCCAACCAUGGUGCAAGAAGAAGCCUUUCUUCCGCCAUUUUCUCAGCACCGUGCAUAAUUUUGUGCACCCCUGUUGUGUGUCAUGCCCCACCCCAUCCCCCAAAAGCCUUAACAGUUUUUGUUUUAUUUGUGUAGCUGAGAAAACCAUAGCCAUUUUCUGGUGGCUUAAUGUAGGCUCGCUAGUGAUCCAUAUGGUGGAACAGCUCACACAAAGCUUGAUACCUAACCUCCCUGUAGAUUUUUCAGAAGUGGAAAAUACCCGUCUGAAACCCUGGAUUGCUGCUGCCAGUCAGAGUAAGUGGCACUGAGUUAUUCACCUGGAAUAAGGCAGCUUCCUUGGUCCUUCUGCUUUGCCAUCUUUCCCGCUCCCAGCUCACUGCUAGCCACCAGCACCCUUCCUUCCCCAUUCUUGGGAACAUAAGAGCCUGGCAGGAUUAGGCAAAUGACCCACCUAGUCCAGCCCCUGUUCUCAACCAGAUGCCUGCGGGAAACCUACAAGCAGGACCUGAGCACAAGAGCACUCUCCCCUGUCCUGCGGUUUCCAGCAAUGGGUUCAGAAAUAUGGCUCCCUCUAACUGUGAAGGCAGAGCCGAGCCAUCUGGCUAUCAGUCCUCCUCCAUGAAUUUGUUUAAUCACUGCCUCCUGUGGGAGUGAGUUCCACAGCUAUGUGCUGCAUCUUUUCUCUGUUCCAAGUCUUCCAACAUUCAGCUUCUCUGGGUUCCCAUGAGUUCUGAUGUUAUGAGAGAGGGAUAAAAACUUUUCUCUAUCCACCUUCCCCACGCCAUGCAUAAUCUUCUGUCAUGUCACCUUUUACUUGCCUUAUACAGUGGUACCUCUGGUUGCGAACGGGAUCCGUUCCGGAGGCCCGUUCGCAACAUGAAAAGAACACAAGUGCACGUCUGUGCACGCGCGGGUUGCGAUUUGCCACUUCUGCGCAUGCGCGUGAUGUCAUUUUGCAUGCCUGCGCAUGCGCAAGUGGCGAAACCCGGAAGUAACCCUUUCCUGUACUUCUGGGUUGCCGUGGGACGUAACCUGAAAGAACGUAACAUGAAGCGGACAUAACAUGAGGAAUGACUGUAUACCAAGACAGACUUUUGAUUCACAAAGCUCAGCACUGUCUUCACUGACUGGCAGAGGCUCUCCAUGCUUUCAGAAAUCCUACUUGGAGAUGUUGGGAAUCGAACCUGGGACCUUCUGCAUGCAAAGCAGGUGGUCUGCCUCUGAGCCACAGCCCCUUCUCCCAAGGAAAUAUAUUAUUGUGAUCCCUUUUGCAGGGGAAACAUCUUGAGAAGGCUGAGAGACUUUGAUGCAGCCAUUGGUGAUUACCUCAGAGCCGUGGAGCUCAGCAGAGAGGAGGAUGGCAGCGAGGUUUGCGUGGAGGCCCAGAAGCAGGUGCUCCUCACCUAUAACGACUUCGCGGUACACUGCUAUGACAAAGGCUUCUACGAAGAGGCAGUGCUCCUCCUGAAUAAAGCCAUCACGGGGGAGAAAAAUGAGAAGGGGCUCUAUGUCAACAGAGGAGGUGAGGGGCUCGUGUAUAUUUUCUAGUUCUGUGUAGCUGUGGGUGGGAGCACCAAAAUGCGGUGUUUUUGUGGGCGCUAGAUCUCACUGAGUAAGUCAGCUUUUAAUUUUGAUGGAGCAAGUUAGGGCUGCAAAGACUUCAUUGAAAUUGUGUGAAAUGGUUUAUUAUUGUUGUUAUUCAUUUUAUAUCACCCUUCCUUCAAAGAGCUCAAGGAGGCACCUAUGCUUUCCCACCCUUCCACCCCAUUUCAAUACAAAAACUCUGUGAGUUAGGCCAGAUGCCAGACAAGGCCCCUCAGCUAAAUGAGAUUCCCAGCAGCCGGGGAGUGAGCCUUCCAACUCCAGGGGAAGCAGAAGCAAAAUAAAUUGUGCAGAUAGGCUUCAUUGGCACAAUAUGUGUGUGCAGCUUGUAGGAUUAUGUAGUCCUUGGAGCACAGUUUGGAUUACUGUGAGACAGAAUUUAAUUGGUUAUUAAAUAAAAUAAUAAAAUAAGAUAAAAUAAAAUAAAAUAAAAGGACAGCAGGCACAUCUCUGAGUUCUCCUCAUGCUUCGUAGCUAAGAAUCUGAAGUGAAUCAUCCUGCUGCAUCAGGCCAAAGGUCCAUCUCAUCGAAGUGGCUAGGUGGGUGCUUCCAGAAAGCCCACAAGCAGGGCAUGAAAAUGCCCCCGCUCCUGCCCAGCAGCUGGCAUUCAUCAGAGGCUCUACUUCUGACUGAAUAAGCUCUACACCACCUGUAUGCCUCUAUAAUAUUCUGUCCCCACCUUCCCUAUAGAGCCCGAUUUGAACAAGAGGCUCAGUUCCUCUGGAUUGAAUUUGUGGACUGUAAGAUCUUUGGGGCAGGGAGCUGUCCUCUUUUUCUUGGCUUGGGGUGGCAAGCAGAAACUUGCAGCAGUUGUCUAGGCUUUACCAUCUCUGCGAGGGAUUGAACCUGUGGCUUUCUGCAUGCAAAGCAGGUUCUCUGCCACUGAGCCACAGCUCAGCGUAUGUGUGUGUGUGUGUGUGUGUGCUGAAAGUGCCUUUUGAACCAAUAAUUAAAAUAACAGAGGAAAACAACCUGUGCUUGCUGCCGGUGAAUUCUUGGCUGUUCUCCUUCAGACUGCUUCCUUAAACUGGGUGAGCUGAAUUUUGCAAUGGCGGAUUAUCAGCAAGCCCUGGAUUUACAGCCUUUCGACCCCAGCCUCCAGAAACGCGCAGCUUGGUUGUACGAUGAGAUGGGGCUGCAGGAAUUCAGGGAGAGGUAUGCUGAGGAUGGCGGGAUGGGGUGGGGGGCAACCCAGGGUCUUUGGUGGUGGACCCAGGAUCCUCUUCCCUGAAAAGCACAGCACUGGUUGCUCAGACAACAUCUAAUAUAUAGCACAUACAUAUGCUAUGCAAAUCUCUAUCAUGGGCCUGUGCCCUGAAUCCUUUAAGUAACCUUGCAGUGCCCCUGCAAACGGCACAUUUACCAGAAAGCUCCUGGGGGGAAAGACAGGCUUUUGCUUAUGUGUGGUUUGACAUUUUAUACACCCCUUAUUUAGGAAUGCCUUUAUGCUAUGCACUGGGAGCAUAAACAGAGAAAAUAAAUGAGCAACCACCACGAUAAUAGCAGAGCUGUGGUCCCCCAGGUGUUGCUAGACGCCCAAUUUCCUUCAGUCCCAGCCAGCAUGGCCAAUGGGUAGGGAUGAUGGGAGUUGGAGUCUCAAUGAUGUCUGGAGGAGGCAGUCCUAAACGCCCAAAGCAUGUUGCAUCUCAGUUCUUACAGCAGCCCUCUUAGGUGCUGGUUUUGACCUAUAAAGCCUUAGACAGCUCAGGACCACAAUACAGUCAUACCUCAUGUUACGUUUGCUUCAUGUUACAUUUUUUCUGGUUGCGUCCCGCAGUGACCCGGAAGUACAGUGGUACCUCUGGAUGCGAAUGGGAUCCGUUCCGGAGCCCUGUUUGCAUCCUGAAGCGAACACAAUCCGUGUCUGCGCAUCUGCGCGUGUCGUGAUUCGGUGCUUCCGCACAUGUGCAUGACAUCAUUUUGAGCGUCUGCGCAUGCGGCGAAACCCGGAAGUAACACGUUGCGUAACUUCUGGGUCGCCACGGAGCGUAACCUGAAAAUGCUCAACCUGAAGCAUAUUUAACCCAAGGUAUGACUGUACUAGGGACGCGGGUGGCGCUGUGGGUUAAGCCACAGAGCCUAGGACUUGCCGAUCAGAAGAUCGGCGGUUCGAAUCCCCACGACAGGGUGAGCUCCCGUUGCUCGGUCCCUGCUCCUGUCAUCCUAGCAGUUUGAAAGCACAUCAAGUGCAAGUAGAUAAAUAGAUACCACUCCAGCGGGAAGGUAGAUGGCGUUUCUGUGCGCUGCUCUGGAUCGCCAGAAGCGGCUUAGUCAUGCUGGCCACAUGACCCAGAAGCUGUAUGCCAGCUCCCUUGGCCAAUAAAGUGAGAUGAGCGCUGCAACCCCAGAGUCGGCCACGACUGGACCUGGUGGUCAGGGGUCCCUUUACCUUUACCUUAUGACUGUACUGGAAAGGGCUACUUCCGGGUUUCGCCGCUAUUGCAUCUGCAGAAGCGCUAAGUCUCGCUUUCGCACAAGCACCAAAUUGCACCGUGCACCUGCGCAGAUAUGGCACUUCAGGUUGUGGGCUUUUCAUGUUGCGAAUGGGCCUCUGGAAUCCCAUUUGCAACCAGAGGUACCACUGUACCUCAAGGACAAACUCUCCCCAUAUGAACCGACCUGGACCCUGAGGCCCUUCUUUGUGUGCCCCACCUCAGCAAGAGAUCCGAAGGGUGGCAACACAAGAGCACACCUUUUCUGCAGUAGCUUCCCAUUCGUGGAAUGCUCUCCCCAGGGAGGCUCGCCUGAUGUCUUCAUUACAUAUAUUUAGGCACCAGGCAAAAAUGUUCCUCUAUAACCAGGCCUUUAAUAAUUAUAAUAAAGUAAGCCAAUAUGCCAACAGGUGUUUUCUCCCUGCUUUCAGUCGAUACCCACAGGCCGAAGCAUAUUUCUCCCAGGCUAUUGAGAAUAACCCACGUGAGCUGAGGUAUUACAUGCACCGAGCCAAGACCCGGCUGUUUCUGCAGGAGACAAUGGGAGCCAAGGAGGACCUUAUUACAGCCUUCCUGCUGGACCCCACAAGGGAGGAGGUACCUGCUGCAUUUCAGUGCCAUUUUCAUUACGCCUUAAUGCACAGCCUCCCCUCCCCUAGUCCUUUAAUCAGGGACAACCUGACACUGCCCUCGGACAGGCCUCUGGAAAUUAGGGGAAGGGGAAAACAGAAGGGCAGGUGAGCAGGAAGGUGUAAAGCAAGGGGGAGGCAAGGAAAAUUGAUUGCUGUUGCUUUAUUUUUAAUCACAGAACUCCAUGAAACGUACCUGGGGUUCCUGAGCAGUCUUCUAUCAUUUCAGAAUGCUUGCUGCAUCCAUACGCCUAUAGAGAAGGGAAUCUUUCCUCUACCUGAGCGCUGCAUUCAAUAAUAAUAAUAGUAAUAGUAGUAGUAGUAGUAGUAGUAGUAGUAAUUUAUUUAUACCCCACCCAUCCGGCUGGGUUUCCCCAGCCACUCUGGGUGGCUUCCAACUGAAUAUUAAAAACAAUACAGCAUUAAAUAUUAAAAACUUCCCUAAACAGGGCUGCCUUCAGAUGUCUUUUAAAGAUAGCUGCUUAUUUCCUUGACAUCUGAAGGGAGGGCGUUCCACAGGGCGGGUGCCACUACCGAGAAGGCCCUCUGCCUGGUUCCCUGUAACUUGGCUUCUCGCAAUGAGGGAACCGCCAGAAGGCCCUCGGAGCUGGACCUCAGUGUCUGGGCUGAACAAUGGGGGUGGAGAUGCUCCUUCAGAUAUACUGGACCAAGGCCAUUUAGGGCUUUAAAGGUCAGCACCAACACUUUGAAUUUUUGAAUUCUCUUGGGCGUGCAGGGGGCCACAUGGCAAAUGUGUGACCUUUUUCUAUGCUAGGAGAAGAGGGAAGCUUUGGAACUCACAAGGGUAUCUUUUAAAGCUUCUGUCACUAAAAAGUACCAGAUUUUUCCAGGUAUAACAUGCCCCCAUGUAUAAGAUGCCCCCUAUUUUUUCGGACUCAAAUUUAAGAAAAUGGGGGAGAUUGCCCAGAGUUGUUAAGCUUUUUUUGGGCAGUGUUGCCAGAGUUGCUGAGCUUUUUUUUAGGGGGGGUUGUCAAGAGUUGUUGAGCUUCUUUGGCGGGAGGGGGGGGGGGCUGAAGCCACCAAUCGUCUGACCACUCGCCACCAGCCGCCAAUAGAUCGCACAAUUGACGCAGCAGGAGCAGGCCUGCGCACAACCACCAAUCACCCGCCCAAUUGCCACUAACGAUCUCCUGCUUGAGACUGGAACCAAUUGCCACUCCCCCUAUGCACUAUCUGUGUAUAAGACGGCCCCAAAUUUUAAAUUUCACAAAUUAAGGGAAAAAAUAUAGUCUUAUACACGGAAAAAUACGGUACUUGCCCCAAACCUAGAUGCAUGCAAGAGGUAUUUUCACUGUCUAAGGACUCAUCUCAGCCAGGUGAAAGCACGCCAGGAACUGGAUGAAGCAGGGCUGGUGAUAGCUGUGGCCAGGGGAGAGUCCCAAGGGCCAGAUGGAGGCCUAGAGGGCCGCAUUCAGUCCCUAGGUCUUAGUCCCCGUCCCCCCUGCUGCUGUAAGCCUGUCAUCCAAGAUGUUGCCAGUUCAGCUCUUGUUAACCAUACACUUACUUGGUUGCUUUAGACAAGCAUAUCCCAGAAAUUGUACCUCGGGUUAAGAACUUUGCUUCAGAAUGAGAACAAAAAUCACGUGGCGGCAGUAGGAGGCCCCAUUACCUAAGUGGUACCUCAAGUUAAGAACAGUUUCAGGUUAAGAACGGACUUCCAGAAUGAAUUAAGUUCUUAACCAGAGGUGCCACUGUAAAUUUAAUUAAUAAAUAAAUACACAGAGGAGAGCAGCCAGGAUGAUCAAGGGUCUGGAAACUAAGCCUCAUCAUGAGGAACAGUUGAGGGAUUUGGGUACGUUUAGCCUGGCGAAGAGGAGACCGAGACGAGAUAGGAUAGCCAUCUUCAAAUAUCUCAAGAGCUGUCACAUGGAAGAGGGAGAAAGUUUGUUUUCUCCAGCUCAGGAGGAUAGGACCUGAACCAAUGGAUUCAAAUUACAAGAAAAGAGAUUCCGACUAAACAUUAGGAACAAUUUUCUUAUGGCAAGAGCUGUUCAACAGUUGAAUAGGCUCUCCUUCAGUGAAGGCUUUUAAAUAGAGGUUGGAUGGCCGUCUCUCAGGGAUGCUUUAGUUGAGAUCCCUGCACUGUAGGAGGUUGGACUAGAUGAUCCUUGGGGUCCCUUCCAACUCCCCAGUCCUAUGAAUCUAUGUGAAAUGCUUUGAAUGCUGUAAGCACUGUAUAGCCACCAGGGAUAAGAGUUUAAAAAAAAAUAAUUCAUUCAGUUGAAAUCACUUCUCUUCUCUCCCCCUUUUUUAUUUUUCAGAUCCACAGUCUGGCCAAUACUUUGUUUCCAGGAGAGCCCAUACAGUCUGCCGUUGACAGUAAAAUUGGAGAGCUUGCUAAAGCUCUUCUGGACCGGAGGCUAAAAGCUUGCCCAAUAUUCGAGGCCUCAGCCAACCAGAAAAGGUACUGCAGUGAGCACAAACAUGGUGCCAUAAAACCAGGCUCCUCCACUGACAUCUUUGGGUGAUUUUCACCCUGUGCAAGUGACCACCUCAAAAGGAGCCACUGUUGCUAGAAAAAGGAUUCUUUCCUGAUUGCAGUAUGAUCACGUUGUGUGCGGUCCCCUUGUCCUUAGUCCCUCCAUCUGCCAAUAUGGGAGGGGCAUGAAACCUUACAGUGGGGGUAGCCAACCUGGUGCCCUUAAAACCCCCCACACAUUUUAUUCAUUUUGUUAAGAAGUGCAAACAAUAACGGAAAUAAAACAAAUAAUAAAAAAUGCAAACCGUGGAGCAUCACAGCCUGGAAGGACAAAUGUACAAAGAUGUAGCACAGCUCCAGGGGGUUAAUAAAGCUUUGACUCAUACAAAGAUUAGCUUUACAAAUAACAAAGAUGUGUAAAAAUGAAAGUAGUCUCCACCUGUGAGAUCCAUUAUUGUGAAUAAAGGUUCUAAAAAGUCUCAGACAAACCAGUUGUUUACAUAUAUUGGUGACAUUGUGUAACUGAGUGCCACACAGUAUUUGUGCAAUAGUAAAAAAAAGAAAUCUGUCAUUCAAGUUCUGUCCUUUAGUUUCUUUUGGUUUAUGAGAUAUCUUUUCAAGAAGGGCAGUUUGCCAACCCUAAUAUGCCAGCAAUUGAAAUUGUUAUCUUCCAGGAUUUGGCAAUGGAGCCCAUGGCUGCUGCUAAGAGAUGAGAGGUUUUUUUACUUUUCUAGCCCAUUCUGUUUCCAUCUACAGCAGUGGUUCCCAAAGUGGGAGGUGGGUGGGUGGGGAUUACUGGGGGUGGGGGGGUGCUAAAAGGUAAGGGGGUGGCAAGGAGUGCUGGAGGUAUAAAUGCCUAUCGGACCUUGAAAAGCUGGCAUCACUGAAUCAAGUGAAUAAAUUAUGUUGAAUUAAUUAAACUAUAUAGUUUUAAUUGGAUUUAUUCAAGUAAACAUGCAUUUAUUCAAAUAAAUGUGCAAUUAAUUGUUACUGUUUUGAAUCCCAUUGAGUUUUAAUCUUCUGGAUAAUGUUAUUUAUGGGAUAGGGGGCACUAGAGAUAAGUUUAUGGAACCAAGGAGGCAGUGGCCCAAAACAUUUUGGGACCCACUGACCAGGCUCAAAGGUGACAGGUGGAAAGAUGGAGCAAUGGUUUGCUCAGUUAUCAAAGAUAUCUCUGCAACACUUUAUUCCAAAAUUCAUCCAUCUUGGGGCAACCACCAUAUGUGCUUUUACAGGGAUAGAGAAGCUCUACCCAGCCAAAUGUUGUUGGACUACAACUCCCAUGAACUCUUGCCAGUAUGGGUCAGUUGUCAGGGAUGAUGGGAGUCCAAUAGCAUUCAGAGGGCUUCACUGGCUACACCUGCCCUAGAGGGUGGUUUUAAAGAUUGCACCUAUAUGCUUGUGAAGUGAUUCAAACACUUGAAAGCAUAGUAAAAAUGAUAUUAUGAUUAUGAUUUCCAGAAGGCCUCUAGUCUAGUCUAUGCCCCUCUCACCAGGAGAGGGGAAUGGCAUAAUGGUACCAAAGAUGUAUGAGAUGUAUGAAAAGCAAUGGAUGUUCAAGAAAGAUUAUAUCCUUGAGGAUCUGACGUUUUAAACAACUGGGAGACAACCUUUAGCUCUCAAAGGUCCUAAGUGUCGGUGGCUGCAAAGUGCAGCCUGCAUGGGGUAGCAUGUAGCCUGUAGGCCUGAAACCUCCAGUGCUAAUAUUUUUGCAUUUCCUUGCUAUUGCCUUGUUUGGCAUGUCCUCCUUCACAAAGCUUAUGUUUUGCUAUCUGCCCUUUUCCACCCUCCCACAGUUCAGAGUCAGAAGGAAGUAGUUCUCCCAAAGAUUUCUACAUUCAAAAUGAUGAGCUAGAAGCACCAGAGGAGGAAAAGAGGAAGCAGCAAACGGCUGCUGAAGAGAAAAGGCUGAAUGAGAAGAUGGCUACCUGCCUGAAGAAGUCUAACAUGGUGAGGGCUGUAGCUCAGCAGCAAUGCAGGUUCAACCACCAGCAUCCCCAGUUAGGGCUGGGAGACAGCUCUGUCUGAGACCCUUGGAGAGUCACAGCCAGUCAGCAUAAGCAAUAUUGGGUUAGGUGUAUCAGUGGUUUGACUUAGUGUAAGGUAGCUUUGCUCCCUGUGUUCCUGUGUCUCAGCAAUCAUUACCUACUAGGGCAGUGGGAAGCACCUUUUCUGGUGCAGCUGAGAUAAUUCAUUUGGUUCACAUCACAGAGAUGUAGAUUUUUACUCUGACUUGGUUGGCAGGCUAGAUUUGUGGGAGUCUGCUCCACUAUUGAAUUAACUCUGACUUUCAGAAAGCUCUUCAUAUUUAGUUGGAAUAUCCUUUCUUGUGACUUGAAUCCAUAGGUUUGGGUCCUACCCUCUGCAACUGGAGAAAACAAGACUGCUCCACCCUCCAUGUGACAGUCCUUCAGAUAUUUAAGAAUGGCUAUCAUAUCACUUCUCAGUCUCCUCUUUUCUGGGCUAAACAUACCCAGCUCCUUCAACUGCUCCUCAUAAGGCUUUGGUUUCCAGGCCCUUGAUCAUCUUGGUUGCCCUUCUCUGCAGACGUUCCAGCUUGUCAACAUCCUUAAACUGUAGUGCCCAGAACGGGACACAUACUUGCCAAGCUGAAUGCAGCCUUCAAAAGACCAGGGCUGGCUAUGAUCCUUGGAUGAAGUAUGACAUAGAAAUUUAAUAAAUAAAAUGCCUGGGCAGGCAGCACAGUACAACUGAGGCACCUGCCUAUUAUUAAUAUAAUCCUGCCAGGCUUUUCUGCUUGGUCUGGUGGACAGGCAAGUGGUGAUAGUGGAGAAGCUUCUCCAUUUAGCCUGGAAAAAGAGAAGUUUCAGAGGAAAUGAAACAGUGGUCCUCAAAUAUCAGAAAGCUGUCAAGUGGAAGCUGGAGCAGACUCAGCCCCUAUUGCUCUAGAGGGUUAGAACUAAGAAGGAAAUGGCAAGGGAGCAGAAUUCAGCUAAAAACUGAGUGAGUUUGGUGAGCACUGGGAGUAGGUAUUUAAACAGAGCACUGGGAGUAGAUAUUUAAACAGUGGACACUCGGGUUGCGAACGUGAUCCGUGCGGGAUGCACAUUUGCAACCCACAGCGGCGCGUCUGUGCAUGUGCGGGUUGCGAUUCGGCGCUUCUGCGCAUGUGCAAAGCACGAUUUAGUGCUUCUGUACAUGCACGACCCCCGAAACCCAUGGUACAGAGCUGGAAGUAACCCGUGGUACAGAGCUGGAUUCUGAAGAGCAGCUGCUGGGUGACUCCAAGGUCCAUUCCAACACUGUGAUUUAACUGUUGUGGUCUCUUGCGCUUUUUGCAAAGCCGCAGAAGGCAGCCAGAUCUACACUGACAUUUCAUGUAAAAUGGUGCUGCAUCUCUCUGGCAGGUAAACAAAGAGCUUAAGGCAGCGCGAGAGAACACGUCCCUGGAGCCUACCACUGUCCGCCUGGACCCUUGCCCUCACCUGCCUGAAAAGGAGCACUCAGAAGAACCUUACAAGUGGCGCAAGUUCAGCCAAGGCAUUGGCCACUUUUAGCUCAUAUUACAACCAUUGCAUUUUUUUGCAGUCUCAUCAUAAAGAGGUAGACAUGAACCAGGCUGGCUGAAGUUCCAAUGCAUUUACUUACUUAAAGACUACAGCCACCAGUUCUGGCAAGCACAUGGUGGCGUGGUAUUUAUCACCAAAGUAGUGUGUCUUCCAUUCCGUUCCGUUGAUAGGAUCCCAGUCCACAAGACUUCCGCCAGCUGCUGGUGCAAAACUUACCAUGGGGCUACUUCAAUUCUACAAUGAACACUUUUUCUCAGGUACAGCAGUAGUUAUUGCACAGCUCCACAUACCUACUCAUGGAGGAAUCGGGAGCAACUUAGCAGUUGUGGGCCAAUCUGUUUUUCCCCUCUCAGAUAAGUACGUAAACACUUAGCCCUGCCUUGUUCUGCAUAUAUGGAUUGCACACAGCAGCACUUUUUGUCUAGUGUGGUAUCAGUUGAGCCCUCUUGAAAACAAAACUUAUUCUGCCAUUAUCAUGUUUAGUCUAGUCUAGGAGCUAUCACGUUCACUGCAAGCACAUACGAGUAUUAUUUUUUAUGUAGCCAAGGCCAUUACAAAAAAACAUACUAACGCAGAAUGGCUGUUUGUGCCUUGACAGCUGCAACUGUGUCUUGUAGCCCCUGUGCAGUAAAGGUAAAUCAAUACCUUCUGAGUAGCUCAAGCCCAGUUUUGGAACAAAAUAGGUCCUGCAUGUAAGGGUCCCAGACACCCACACUGCUUGUCUGCAGAUUAUUGCAGGAACAACUUUAAAAAGGGAAAUUUAUACAGGAGCCUUUAGCAAGACAAAAACAUAGGUUUGGUAUGAUUUACUGGUAAACACUCUUAACUGCUAUGCCUAUUCAUAGACCUCCAUCUUGAAAAGAUGCAAAUUGUCUAUUCUUAAUUUGAAAUAAAAAACAAUUGUGAAAGUCUAAUUUUAAGGAGGUUCUUAACAUAAGAUUUUAAAAACGUGUAAGGGGUCAUGAUAGGAGCUUGUCAUUGGUUUUCCUCUUCCUCUGAAUAUACAGAAAAGGCUUGUCUGUACCACAAGCCUUUCAGAGAGAAAGUUGCACAGGCUUUUUGCCAAUUACUAAGUGGCAAUAAAUUGGGAGACUGAAU